AAGCACCUGCCAGGAAGCAUGUGUCCGCCGAUACACCACAUGCCUUCACAAACUCAGGUACAGGUAGCUUAACUGUGGGAAGAUCCCGUACCUCGUUCGUUCCGGAACUACCUUACCUAGACUUUCUGCUUCUCCUAUAAAGAACUGUGGCUCAGAAGCAGCAACCAAUAGAUUUAGCUGAACCAUAAGCCUGCAUUUUCCUUGGAUAUUUCCAGGUUGUGUCCUUCGUCUUUACCUUUCGUCCCUGUCCCUAUCUCCGGCCUCCGAGGACUGAGUCCUCGUCCUGCAACAUGACGACUCGGUACCGUGUCGAAUACGCCCUCAAGACACAUCGACGAGACCAGUUCAUAGAAUGGAUCAAGGGCCUGCUGGCGGUGCCCUUUGUGCUCUACUCCCAACCCCAGGGCGUCUUCGACGGACAAGGGACGAGCCUCGCUCAGACGCGCGAGGAGGCCCACCGGAGAUACAGCGAGAUUCUCCGUGAUGUCGAGCUCAUGAUCGACGAUCACAUUGCCCACCAAAACGACCCCUCGAACCUCUUCCCUUCAAAGCUCAAACUCUUGGUCCCCAGCAUCGGACCCUUCUUCACACGCCUGCCGUUGGAGGCCGCGUUCAAAUUCCAGGACCGCAAGCGCUACAUCUCCUCCCGCCGCUUUGUCUCCCCUUCCUUCAACGAUGUCCGUUUGAUCCUCAACUCGGCCCAGAUGAUGGCCGUCACAACCUACGGUACCCUUCAGUUAGCCACCUUUGACGGGGAUGUGACGCUUUACGAAGACGGGCAAAGCCUGGAAACCACCAGCCCAAUUAUCCCGCGGUUGAUCGACCUCCUCCGCAAAAACGUCAAAAUCGGCAUCGUCACCGCCGCAGGCUACACGACCGCGGACAAGUACUACGCCCGCCUGCACGGCCUUCUCGACGCGCUCGCCAACAGCGCCGAGCUGACCCCGGCCCAGAAGCAAUCCGUCGUCAUCAUGGGCGGCGAAGCAAACUACCUCUUCGAGUUCGACCCCUCGUCGCCGCACCUCCUGUCGCCCGUGCCGCGCCACCGGUGGCUGACGCCCGAGAUGGCGGCCUGGGACGAGCGCGACAUCGCGCAGGUGCUCGACGUGGCCGAGGCGGCGCUGCGCGACUGCAUCAAGACGCUGAACCUUCCCGCGGCGCUGAUGCGCAAGGACCGCGCGGUGGGCAUCGUGCCGCAGCCGCCCGAGGCGCGCAUCCCGCGCGAGUCGCUCGAGGAGACGGUGCUGGUCGUGCAGAAGAUCCUGGAGCUGAGCGGCGCCGGCCGCCUCCGCCGCGUGCCCUUCUGCGCCUUCAACGGCGGCCGCGACGUGUUCGUCGACAUUGGCGACAAGAGCUGGGGCGUCACCGUCUGCCAGCGCUGGUUUGGCGCGUCUAUGCCCGGCGGCGCCAUCAAGGGGGACAACACCCUCCACGUGGGCGAUCAGUUCCUGAGCGCCGGCGCCAACGAUUUCAGGGCGAGGAGCGUGGGCACCACGGCGUGGAUCGCCAGCCCCGCCGAGACGGUUGAUCUGCUGGAUGAGUUGGCCGAGUUGAUGGAGAAGAAGUUGUCUUGAAGCUCCGCGGGUGUUAUUCCGGCGUGGUGGGGAGGUAAUGUACCUGUUUGGACUGUCAGGCUCGGCGAAGGGGAGUUCAGGACGGCGUAACGGCUGGAAUGAAUGUCAUGGCGCAGUGUUUGGCGUCCCAGAUACUCCACCAAAUAGGGCUACUACAUAGUCAGGGAUUACCAAUUGUCAUAUCAGCACUCUGUGUCUCAGAGCUUCCCCUGCCAAAAAACACGCGGCUUUUGGUGAU